AUGUUGUCGCUAAAUCAUCUACGUUUAUUGCUUAUCAAAGAAUUCAUUAUUAUUUGGAGAAGUAAGAUAUGGAGUGUAGUUGAAAUAGCCAUUCCGCUGCUCAUCUCUGUGCCUCUUACUAUUCUGGUCCUGAAGAACUCGUCAUCUAUCAAACAUGAAGCACAGUUCUGGGAAUCAUUUCAAGUGACCGGAGAUUGGAGAGAUAUAGAUCGACGUCUCGGUAAUAUGCAGUCAAUUUACAGUUAUUGCGGGAUGCUCGGUCGGAGAAGUUUAGGACUUGUAUUUCCGAAAAACAUGGAUGAAAAAGAGAUUUUAUGGGUAGCUCGUGAAAUAGAAUUUCGUUAUUUGAUGAAUAAUUCAGCUUCAUAUCCACACAUGUAUGAGUUGAGCGUGAAAAUAUUUCCAUCUGAAGCAGCCAUGAUGGAAGCGUUGUUGGAGGAUUAUCAUCAUUCUUCUAUAUGUACUAAAUAUAUUGCUGGCGUUAUAUUCGGUGAAUAUAAUAGUAGUACACCGCGUCUUUCUUAUACCAUACGAAUACGUCAAACAGAAGAUCCACAAACACGUUGGUAUAUUGGUGAUGACAUUUGGUACAGUGGAGGACCAUAUGAAAUUUCAGACGACCAAUUUCUAGUGAAUAUGAUGCCCAAUUACUGGUCUCUCGGUGUCAUAUCAUUGCAGUACGCAAUCGAUACUAUAUUUCUUAAGGGAAUUGAUGGUGGGCAAAAUAAUGAUGGUAAUUUUCAACUCAGUUUAGAACGUAUUCCUGAGCCAGCAUAUUUUGAAAAAUUGAUCGUCGGAUUUCUUUCUUUUUUGAUAGUUUUCUGGCAGCUGUCUACUUUGCCAUGUGUUCUGCACACCGUUUCAAAUAUUUCUUCUGAAAAACACAGUGGUAUGAAGGCAUUUUUAACAGUGAUGGGUAUGCAGUCUUCUACGUUUUAUAUUGCACAUGCGGUAAUUAGUUUCAUCAAAACUAUGGUAGUCUUGCUAUCAUGUACAAUUAUGUUACUUCCACAGAUUCAGGUCUCAAUAGUAUCUCCGUGGUUGUUCUUUUUCACCAAUUUUAUUUAUUGUGCCGGCGCUGCUAGUUUUGCUCUUCUAAUGUCUUGCGUUUUCCACAGUCCAGGUGCUGCGACGAAAGGCACUGCUGUUAUUUGGCUUGCAACUAUUGGUUUGACAAGAUUGCAAGCAGCAGGAGAAUCAGUUCUUCUAAAUGUUAUACUUUCACUGAAUUUGAAUUAUGCUUUCGUUUGUGCUCACCAUGCUAUGCAGGAUUAUAUGAAUCGAGAUGAAUAUUUGGGCAUCGAUAAUAUGUUUGAAAAUGCGACAUACAUGUUUCCGCUCGGAAUGGCGCUAGCAAUGAUAAUAUUUGAUGUUGUUUGGAUGUCACUGUUAGCUAUUUAUUUGGAUAAUGUCUAUCCCUCUGAUGAUUUACCACGGAAGGAAUGGCUUUUCUUUUUACAUCGAUCGAACGGUAUACGUCAUCAAUGCACUUUUUAUGAUUCUUCUGAUGCUCCGAAUGACAACAUUCAAAAAUAUGAGGGGGACGAUCAAGCAGACAUCGAUAUACGGCACUUGACGAAAACUUACACCAUACAGCCGGUUGUUGAUCGCAUGUCUUUCCGUGCUUAUCGAGGAGAAAUGACCGUUCUUUUGGGGCACAAUGGUGCCGGAAAGAGCACAACAUUUUCUUUGAUAACAGGCCUUAUUUCACCAACCUCUGGCUCCAUUUACAUUUGUGGCAACAGGAUGGGAUCACGUUCCAUUGAUCACUGCCAGCGAGAAAUCGGUUUCUGCCCCCAAUAUAAUGCAUUAUUUGAUUUGCUGACAGUACGCGAGCAUUUGGAGAUGUUUCGGAAACUCAGCGGCAACACAGCUGAUUGUACCAUAGAGCUAAUGACAGAUAUCGAAUUGGACGGCGUAGCUGAUGUGAUUGCUAAAAAACUAAGCGGCGGGAUGAAAAGAAAAUUGUGUGUUGGAAUAUCUUUGGUUGGUGGACGUCGCGUUAUACUGUUAGAUGAACCUACAGCAGGUAUGGAUCCAGCUUCUAGGCAAGUUGUCUUCCAACUACUUCAGCGCUAUAAACACGAGAGAACAAUUCUUUUGACAACCCACUGUAUGGAUGAAGCAGAUUUAUUGGGUGAUCGCAUAGCAAUUAUGGUGAAGGGUCGAUUAAUCUGUGCUGGCACAUCGGAAUUUUUGAAAAAUCGAUUUGGAACAGGAUAUUUAUUAUCGAUUGAUUUGAUGGAAAUAAAUAGUAAAAAUGAACAGGAACAGUUGUUAUUAGCUAUUAGGAAACAUGUUCCCGAGACUGAGAAGCAAUCAGCAACUCCCCAGCAGAUAACUGUCCUGCUGCCCAUUGAGUGCAAGAAGAGUUUUCCGGGUCUAUUUGCUGACUUGGAACAGAAUGCUGAAAAGUAUGGCAUCAAUUCGUUUGGCUUAUCACUGAAUACAUUGGAGCAAGUUUUCCUAAAAGUUGGGGAACUUGAGGAUGCUAAUUCAACAACUAUCACUGACAUGGAAAGUAUGGCCGAACAGCAAGCUUCAAUGCUCUAUACUGAUUCAUCUUUUCAUAGAGGAAUAUUGUUGUGGCUCGUGCAGAUUGGCGCAUUGCUUAAGAAACGUUUCAUAUGUUACAAGAGACAAUGGGCACGACUUAUUUGGCAAAUACUUUUUCCUGUAGCUAUUCUUCUACUUGUUGUUUUUUAUGUGAAAUAUUUGUCAACUGGAGAUGAGAAAAGACAUGAAAUUUUGCUGAAUGCAGGACGUAUAAGUCCUUGCAUUGUGCCUAUACAGCUGGGAAAUCCUGAAGCUCUGUUUGGUCACAAUAUUCUACAGAUAGUACAAAACAUAACCGGUUAUUCAUACAAGCUAGUGCCGACAUCAGAAAGCAUGGAGCUCACUCUUGCUAAAUUGCCAAAAAUACCGCCACCUGUUGGCAUGGCUGUCACGUAUAACACAAAGGACGGUUACAUUGAUGCUACGGCAUUUUUCAAUGUUAAAGCUAGAUAUGGACCGGUUAUUGCAACGACAUUAAUAAGCAAUGUAAGAUUGGGACAAUCUGCAGAUUCCAUCAAAGUUUUCUUCCUUCCAUAUGGUAAUGUAAGCGAUGUCAACCGAUUGGCUUCACAGAUUUCUCAUAUGUUUUUAAUAGCACCUGUUUUGAUUAUCAUUUUCGCUUUCGUUUCUUCUGGUUUCGUAACCUAUGUUGUUGAUGAUCUCAGCACGAGUUUCUUUCAUCAGCAACUUCGCACUCGACUGAACACAUUUACUUAUUGGUUGUCUACGAUAAUUUCGGAUUCGAUACUUUCUGCGUUUAUUUGUGCCGUUUUCAUUAUUAUUUUGGGGAAUUGGUUAGGUAACCUUAAAAUUGAUUUUAUAUUGCUUUGGUUGAUGUAUUUAUGGCCCACAUUGCCAUUCGUUUAUUUCAUGGCUUUCCUAAUUAAUGAUCCUGCACGAGCUUAUGUUGUGCUCAUCAUCAUAACAUUGGUCGUUACUCUCUGUGCUAGCACUAUAUCCUACAGUAUGAUGUCCAUGAGGCCAGAAUUAUUUCCGUAUUUACAUACAGCAUUUUUGUUUAUGCUGCCGACGUACAGCAUGUCAUAUAGUUUGAUUACGAUUUUAGUUGCUGAUGUUAACAAGGAAACGAGUGGUCUGUACAGCUGGGAGAAACUUGGACGUGUUUAUGUCGUAAUGGCUUGCGCGGGAUUUUUAUUUUGGAUUAUUUUAAUGAUGAUGAAUUUCAAACCUCUGGCAGUGUACAUACAUGAUUUGUUGUCGAGAAUACGAAGGACACCAUCAAGUUUAUUAUUGUACGAAAACAGUUUGGAAGAUAUUGAUGUAAAGAAAGAACGAGAGUGCAUAUCGCACAAAAGAAAUCUCGACUUGUGUCUCGCCGUCCGUGAUUUAAAUAAGUAUUACGGGAAUAUGCAUGCUGUUCGUAAUCUUACAUUCGGCGUUGAACGUGGUGAAUGCUUUGGUCUGUUAGGAGUAAAUGGUGCUGGUAAAACAUCAACAUUUGAUAUGCUAACUGGUGUAUCGAUACCGGAUAGAGGCGAAGCUUUCAUCAAUGGCCGUUCUAUUUUAAAGAAGCAGACAAUUGGGUUCUGUCCGCAAUUUGAUGCACUUCAUCCUCAGCUUACAGCUAGACAAACUCUACAGCUCUUGGCCUCGCUUUAUGGCUUUGUUGAUCCUGUAAAACGCGUGAAAACUCUUCUUGAAGCAGUAUCCUUAACAGCGCAAGCUGAUACUUGCGUCGAGUUUCUUAGCGGUGGGCAGCGGCGGCGUUUGAGUUUAGCAGUAGCGUUAAUUUCGCAAACUGAUUUAAUACUGCUGGACGAACCGACUACUGGAGUUGAUCCGAAAGCAAGGCGCCAAAUUUGGUGUUUACUCAAUGCAGUACGUGAAAAACAACGAGCAAUGCUUCUCACCUCACAUAGUAUGAACGAGUGCGAAGCACUCUGUAAUCGCAUUGGCAUCAUGGAUCAGGGCUCUCUGAUUGCUAUUGGAACAUCACAACAUAUCAAGACAAGAUUUGGUGAAAAAUACACGUUGAUUAUUACUGCUGCUGAUCAGUGCAGACGGGAAGAUUUAAUUUGCUCGGUUAAAGAAAUUUUCCCUGGUUCCAUCGAGAAAGAUGCUCAUGGCAUAUGCUUAUUAUGGGAUAUUACGAAGAGAGAAAAUGACAGAUGGUCGGAAAUGUAUAUGAAAUUAUAUCAACUUGCUGCACAGUUUCCAUGGAUUAUUGAUUAUUCACUGACACAGACAACACUAGAAGAAGCAUUUUUGCAACUUUCACAACGCGAAAAAUGA